GGGAGUUAAGACAUAACAGUAUUUGUUUUGUUAACUGAUGUUUUCAUUCUAUACAUUAAAUGAUCGUGUAACAGAUAUAUAUAUAUAUAUAUAUUCUCUCCAUGAUGUUAAUUAAUAUGGUAUAUUAAUAUAAAUUCUAAUCACCAGUGAAGAUUUGUGAUUCAGGCAUACAAGGAAAUAAAUUUUGACGACAAACUGAGUUUCAGAUAUAACUGUAAGUGUGUCAAUAGUGUUCAAUUUCAGAUGAUGAAGUCAGACCCUGAUAUAUGUUUGUGUAAUCCCAUCACUGACAACUUCACAACAUUUGAAAUUCUUAUACAGACACGUAAUCCAGCGUUCACACUACGACAGUCACGUACAAGACGGAGAUACAAUGACUUUUGUUGGUUGAAGAAAAAACUAAAGAAAAAUCAUCCAAUGUGGCUUUUUCACCUCAGUGGAACUCCUUUAAGUAAAUGCCCAGCACUUCCAGAGAAGAAGAAAUUUUCUGACAGAUUUGAGAUUCAGUUUCUGGUACAAAGAAUGAAGGAGCUGGAGGACUGGUUAUAUAGAAUUGUGGGUGUUGACCUAUAUCUGUCCGAUACUACCCUACAUCUGUUUCUACAGACCAGUCUGACUUGUGAGCAGAUAGACAAGUAUAUGAAUGGAAACCUGUCAGAACUUGAGGUUCAACAAGGUUAUAAAGAAGCUGAGCUUCAUCUGGACACAUACAUUGGAACAACAGAUGAUUUGACUAGUAGUUUUAGAGGACUGUCAAGCUCAGUGAGUCAGGAAAACAUUCUGAGUGAUCCAGUACAUAUUCAGUCUCAGUCUAGAGCAGUUCUUCAUAGCACGCCCGACCGAUCAGACAGUGGCAUCGCUGAGUUUGAAUCUGAUACCGAGUCAUCAUAUGAUUCACAGGGCUCGCCGUAUGUGAGGUCGAUAGAUUCUAGGACGUCAGAGAAAUAUCCGCCUCUCACAGAAGUCACAAGAGAUUUAGUAAACAAAAACCCAAACAAUGAUAGUAAUACAUGUGUUAGUGGAGCAGUGAAAUUAAGUUCUGCUGCAGACAAAGUGGCAGAAACAAAACCUAAAACAAGUGAUCAAGCUGAACCUCAAUUUGAGUACAAAAUCAAAACCUUUGUUAGUCCAGAUGUAUGCGGUACUGAUGUAGAAAUAAAUGUGACAUCAAAAGAAAAAAUCAAAAUGGGUGUGAAUGAAAAUAGUCAAGAGAAAAUGUCUGAACGGACUAAGCAGAAUGUGAAACAAGAAAGUGAUAUUAGAACUCAUAUGCAUGAAACAGAAUCAGCAAACAGUAGUUCAAAACCUAAACACAAGGUUGAAAUGGGAGUUCUUUACUGCUAAUGUUGUUUUUUUAUAUCUAAAGAAAUAUCUUUUUGAUGUUCAAAGGACUGCCCUUAGGAUUUUUGACAGGAUGGGACUGUAAAUAUUUCAUGUAUGUGUAUACGAAUACAACAUGUGCAAAAUUUCUGGUCAUUCGCUGACUGCAUUUUUCCAGAAUAAUCUUUUUUAGGCAAAAUGACCUAAAAGUUGAAAGCGUUUAAAACACUUUUAACGCAAAUUGGACGAAGAAUUGCACUAAAUGAUGAUUUUUUAAAAUUUAAUUUUGAGAUUUUAUAUCUUAAUUAUCGUUUUUAUAUAUUUCCAUUUUAAGUACAUUUUGUAUUCCAGUUGAUCUUUGUAUGAAUUUAUGAUUUUAUUCUACUGGACUUCAGUGGAGUUCCUUUAACUUUCAAAAAUGUUUUACAAUGUAUAGUUAUUGUUAUUUUAUAAUGUAUUUUAAAAAUUUCUAUUGUUUUAUAUAAUUAUCUUCUUAUACCAUUGUUUGAUUUUAUGAGUAUUUUUCAUGAAGUGGUGAUAUAUUGAUUGUAUUAAUCACUAUUGAUUGUUGAUAUUUUGGCUAGUCCAUGUGUCAUUAUGUUAACUAGUACAUUAUGUUAUAACUUAUAAGUACUUUGUUGUAUAUUUUUGUGUGGUAAGAAGUUGAGCAGCUUAUUGUUUGAUUUAUAAUGUUGAUUGCCAAUUACUUAUUACUGACCAGAGGAGGUACUUUAAGGGAGAUAAAUUAUCCUUGUAUGACAUUACUUUGUAUAUUUGUGUGCCCUUGUACUGGUAGAUUAAGAAAAUAUAUUGUUUUUUGGACUGUCUGAGAACUUUAAUCUAGACCAUAACACAGAGGUCCACCCACCUAUAACUAGCAAAUUUCAUAGGUGAAUGCACCUUGGUGAGCUCUAUCCACUAGAUCCUCUUGAGGUCAAUUAAAGGGUCAAGGUCAUAUAUUAACUGUGGUCAUAAAACAGAUGUCCUUUCAUCCACAGCCUUAAAACUUCAAAGAUGUAUGUGUCUUGAUACAUGUUCACUUUCUGGUCACAUUUCAUCAUGUGAGGAAGCUAUUCAGCUCAAUGUUUAUUUAAUAGUCUAUGGUUAUACCAAAAUUUAAAGUAAUUAAAGCUGUAUGGUCUGAUUUGAUAUAAUCACUUGUGAAAUUAUCAAUGUAUGUGUGAAUAAUCCACUGACACAGUUAACUCUAUCAUUACUUUUCUGCUUAUAAUUGUGUUUCGCAUAUUGUUGGUAUGUGAAAAUGUAUGUAUGAUGAGCAAGCUGAUUGUACUUUUAUUACUUUUCUUACUCUUAUUUUGCUAAGUCUAUAAAUAGCCAUUUGAUUGUGUAUGAAAACCUGUAA